AUGAAGUUCCUCAACCUCCUCGCGCGGAGCUGGUGGUCCCUUCCAGCUCUCGCCCACGACUUUUCCCUCCCAGACCGACAACUCCUCCGCGCCCUCGCCCGUCGUCAACAUCAACCCCCCAACGGCACCUCCCUGUCCGAACUCCGCGCUCUAGGUCUUGACGAAUCCCCUCACGAGCCGCUUCAUAUCCGCCAAACCACCACCGGCCGUUGCGGAGCCAACUAUGGCCGCUGCCCCGACAGCCUCUGCUGUUCCGAGUACGGCUACUGUGGCGACACCGUGGACCACUGUUACCCGGGCUUUGAUUGCCAGCCUGCUUAUGGCGUCUGUGGAUGGCCUCGACCCGUGGCUACCACCUCUACCACUACGACGUCGACCACCGUAAGGUCCACUAGCAGCACAUCCACCACCACCACCAGCAUUACCUCGACACGCAGCAGCACCAGCGCCAGCAGUUUCGUCCCCAUCCCCACCGGAAUCAUCACCACCAACGGACAAUGCGGCAACUCUACCAUUUGCCCUGGCAUCACCGACGCCGGUUGGGGCCCCUGCUGCUCUCGUUUCUUCUGGUGCGGUUCCGGACCCGAGUACUGUGGUGCAGGCUGCCAAUCUGCUUUUGGUCUUUGCGAGGAUGAUUCCGGAUCCCCUGGAACCACUUCCCCUUCCACUUCCACUUCCACUUCCACCCCCAGUACUACUACUUCAACCCGGACAAGCACCAGUACGAGCGCUGGCCCGACAUACACGCUACCGCCCGGCCAAGUGCCAAGUACAGAUGGGCGGUGCGGAAACGGACAGAACUGUUUGGGAAGUGCCUAUGGCCGGUGUUGCAGCCAGUUUGGAUGGUGUGGAGAUGGGGAUCAGUUCUGUCCGUAUAUCGUGGGUUGUCAGCCCGAGUUUGGGUACUGUGAUCCGCAGCCGGCGACUUUCUGA